AUCUGCACUGCGUCUCCCAUUCUUCUAGAUUCUGUAAACAAAAUUUGUCAUAUUAGUACUAACGCGCAUUUUAUAAUCAUUAAAUGUUUCAUUUUAUCACUUGUUAAAUUUACUUUAUUAUUGUUUUUAACCGAUUAUGCGUCAAAUUUUAUUAAUUUUCUGUUGUAUUCUAUGAUGAAAUUUCGGAUGGUCCGGUGAAAGUAGUGCAAAAAUAUUUCGUAAUCAUGCAACUGUAUAAUAUUAAUAACUCAACUUUUGUUGUACUAUCCAAGUGUAAUUCAAGUAAUUAAAGCGGUAAUGUUACUUAUACUACUAUUGCACUUUAUACUAUUCUGUUACUAACGUUGUAAAAUGGAUAAUGGAUUGGAUCAUAUUUGCACAAAUUGGAAAAAAACAUUGCCACUGACAAGAUCUUUAGAUAAGUUGUUUGAAGAAGCUAAUUUGUGUGGUGAAUUAAAACUUGGUAGCCGUAAACUAAAGUUUUUUCCCACAUCAUCAAAUUAUGAUGUAUCGGAUAUUAUUGUUGCUGAUCUUUCAAGGAAUAAUUUUACAAUUCUACCCACUGAAAUUUUUAAAUUCUGGUCUCUAGAAUUUCUAAGUUUACAUGACAAUAUAAUUCGAUCAAUACCAAAUACUAUAUCAACUCUUCAAUCAUUAGUCUAUCUUGAUCUCAGCCGGAAUUUUUUGAUUUCAUUACCACCUACAUUAUUCCAGUUACCACUUGAAACAUUGCUACUAUCUAAAAACAAGUUAAAACAAAUACCAGCUGAAAUAGGAUUUUGUAAAUCACUAUUAGAACUUGAUAUAAGCUUCAAUAAGCUUACUCAUUUACCUCCACAAUUAGGACAAUUACCUAUUUUGAAAUCUUUGAAUGCACAAAACAAUCUGCUUAUUGAGUUACCACUAGAAUUAACAUACCUGAAACUUGUAAAAUUAAUAUUCAGCCAUAAUAGAAUAGCAUCUUUACCCAUCGAAUUAAGAUUAAUGACUAGUUUAGAGAAAUUAGAUGUUGCUGAAAAUCCAUUGGUAUCUCCUCCGUGUGCUGUUUGUUCAAAAGGACGAAUUUUUAUAUUUAAAUGGUUGGAAAUGAAAAGUAUUAAAGAAGGUCGUGGAAGAGCAAUGUCUUCGUGGAAGUUCAACAGUGUAAAAAAUAGUCAUCAUAGUUUAGAUAGUAAUAUGGACAGUUUAAAUAUGUCAGAACCAGCUAGUCUAGUUCACUCUUCGGAUGAGGGUGCUAAUGGUAGUUUAGAACAUAUUAAUAAGGUGGAUAAAAAAAAUGGAGAAACAAAUGGUUAUAAUUAUAAUGCUAGUCCUGAGUUUUUAAGAACAAGUAAAAGUAAUGGCAGUACUCCCACUUAUUUGAAAAAAUUUACUAAUGGUAGUAGUAACAAUGAUAAUUUUGAUGUUAUUAAACAGAAUGAGAAACCUACUAUGCAUACUCAAAGUUAUAAGGAGUAUAAAGAGUUCCUUAAGCAACAGAGAACUCAAGACAGUAUUUAUAAAGGUAAAGUUCAAAAAAAUGAUCUAGGUAACGUUAAUAAAAAAAUAAGUAAUAUACAAGAUAUCCGUCCAUAUAUCAAACCAACUGCACCAGAAAUUAAACCAAUUUCGAGCAAUAAUAUUAUUGCACCAGUACCAUCAUAUCAUCCACCCAUGAAAGUUUGGUCCAAUGACAAUACAAUACAAGUGACUAAAAGUAAAUUACAAUUCACAAUGAAAAGAGAAUAUGAAAAGGCUAAAGAAGAGGCUGAACUUGUAAAACAAUUAAGAAAUACAAUUGAAUCACGGUUGAAAAUGUCGCUACCAAGUGAAUUAGCACCAGCUUUAAGUGAUGGUGUUGUGCUCUGUUAUUUAGCUAACCAUGUCAAGCCAAGAUCUGUAGCUAGUAUCCAUGUACCUUCUCCAGCUGUUCCUAAACUUACUAUGGCAAGAUGUCGACGUAAUGUAGAUAACUUCUUGGAAGCUUGUCGAAAAAUUGGAGUUAAUGAUAAACUUAUAUGCUGUGCAGUUGAUAUAUUAGAAGGAAAAGGAAUUGUUCAAAUUGCUAUUACAGUAGCAGAGCUUUUAAAAUUUUAUACACCAAAAUCUCCUUCUCAGACACACCAUAUACAAACUAUGCAAGUGAGGCAUAGCUGAUUUCAAUAUUUUUGUAUAAAUAUGAAAAAGACUCAACAUAAAAUUAUUUUAUUUCUAUUCAAAUCAUGAUUACUGUAUCAAGUUAUUAAGGAUGUCAAAACCUAGUGGGAAAUUCUGUACAUAUAUAUAAACCUAUAGGAUAAAGUGUGGCAUAAUGAGGGUGAGCUACAAUAAUUUUUCCUGGCUUUCAUGAAUUUUUUUAUUAAAUUUAAAAUAUCAAUGAAUUUAAUUUAAUUAAUAUAUUUAUUUUCUAUACAAACUUAUUGAAUCUCAAAAAUUAACUUGCAACAUUUUGGUUCUAUCUCAUUUUGGUUAUACAUGUAAAGCGCUGUGUUUUGUUGAAAAUACAAUAUUGUAAUU